AGGAGGUGGGAGCCGUGGAGGGUGGAUGCGUCAGGUGCUAGGGUCCCUGGAGUCCCACUCCGAGGCAGAACUCGGGUCCGUUUCCUGCAGGACUCCGGACCCCGGCUUCGCCCCUUGCCCACCCUUUGUGGCACCGGCCGUGCUGCCCCGGACUCCACCUAAACCUAGGCCAGGAUCGAGUCCCGGGAGCCCCUCGCUAAUUUUAGUUAAAGUCUUGAGAAAGAACUUGAGCCUACCGGGAAGCGAGGAGAACCAGAUCCCAGCCAUCUAGGAAGAAGAAACAACCUCCUUCUACCAUAGCCAAGUAGUUCGAUAGAGCAGGCUGAAAAGAGUCUCCAUAAAAUAACAGCCCCGAACAGGCAAGUGUUCCCUCUGCACCCCUGGGAUGUGGUCGUAAGGCAGAGCCCACAGCCCUUGAAGGAAGAGGGCUCUCAGUGCCAUGGCCCAGGUCAGCAUCAACAGUGACUACAGCGAGUGGGGCCCCAGCACAGAUGCUGGGGAGCGGGCUCGUCUGCUGCAGAGUCCCUGUGUGGACAUGGUCCCCAAGAGUGAGGGUGACGCCUUUCCUGGGGGCCCUGACAGAGGCACCACUUCCACGCUUGGGGCCAUCUUCAUCGUCGUCAAUGCCUGCCUGGGCGCAGGACUGCUCAACUUCCCAGCAGCCUUCAGCACUGCAGGGGGCGUGACAGCUGGUGUCAUGCUGCAAAUGGGCAUGCUGGUUUUCAUCAUCAGUGGCCUCGUCAUCCUGGCCUACUGCUCCCAGGCCAGCAAUGAGAGGACCUACCAGGAGGUGGUGUGGGCCGUGUGUGGCAAGCUGACAGGUGUGCUGUGUGAGGUGGCCAUCGCCACCUACACCUUCGGCACCUGCAUUGCUUUCCUCAUCAUCAUUGGCGACCAGCAAGACAAGAUUAUAGCGGUGAUGGCAAAGGAGCCUGAGGAGGCCAUCAGCAGCCCCUGGUACACAGACCGAAAGUUCACCAUCAGCCUCACUGCCUUCAUGUUCAUCCUGCCCCUCUCCAUCCCCAGGGAGAUUGGCUUCCAGAAAUAUGCCAGCUUCCUGAGCGUCGUGGGCACCUGGUAUGUCACUGCCAUCGUUAUCAUCAAAUACAUCUGGCCAGAUAAAGAGAUGACCCCAGGGGACAUCCUAACCAGGCCAGCUUCCUGGAUGGCUGUGUUCAAUGCCAUGCCCACCAUCUGCUUUGGAUUUCAGUGCCACGUGAGCAGUGUGCCCGUCUUCAACAGCAUGCAGCAGCCUGAGGUGAAGACCUGGGGCGGGGUGGUGACCGCUGCCAUGGUCAUAGCCCUGGCUGUCUACAUGGGCACAGGCAUCUGUGGGUUCCUGACCUUUGGAGCUGCUGUGGACCCCGACGUGCUCCUGUCCUAUCCCUCAGAGGACGUAGCAGUGGCUGUGGCCCGAGCCUUCAUCAUCCUGAGUGUGCUCACCUCUUACCCCAUCCUGCACUUCUGUGGACGGGCGGUGGUCGAAGGCCUGUGGCUGCGCUACCAGGGGAUGCCAGUGGAGGAGGACGUGGGGCGGGAGCGGCGGCGACGAGUGCUGCAGACGCUGGUGUGGUUCCUGCUCACCCUGCUGCUGGCGCUCUUCAUCCCUGACAUCGGCAAGGUCAUCGCAGUCAUCGGAGGCCUGGCUGCCUGCUUCAUCUUCAUCUUCCCAGGGCUGUGCCUCAUUCAAGCCAAACUCUCUGAGAUGGAAGAGGUGAAACCAGCCAGCUGGUGGGCAUUGGUCAGUUAUGGAGUUCUCUUGGUCACUCUGGGAGCCUUCAUCUUCGGCCAGACUACAGCCAACGCCAUCUUUGUGGAUCUCUUGGGAUAACCACUGCCUCAAAAGAAGCACAUGGCCUUGGCCAUUGGACCCAGGAACGUGUCUUACAGCAAUGGGCCCACCCAAAGGCCAACAUCAUUCCAGCUGGUGGGAUGACCCCCGCACAUCUUCCAAGGGCAGUGCUGGAGCAGUGUCAGCCCCACACCUGUGGACUGCUCAGACCCAGCUUUCUGCCAGCCCUGGCAGUGCCAUGGAUGGUGGCAGAACAUCUUGUGUCAUAAAGGAACUUCACUUUCCAACUCUCCAUUUCUCCAUGCCUGGAGCCCAUGGGUGACGACAGUCCCAGGUCAGGCUUGGUGGCACAUGCCUGAAUCCCAGCACUCAGGAGGCUGAGCCAAGAGGAUCACCUCAAGUUCAAGGCCAGCUAAGGCUACAUAGUGAGUUCAGGGUCAGCCUGAAAUAUAUAGUGAGACCCUUGCUCAAAAAAAAAAAAAAAGAGAGAGAAAACACCGUGUCAAAAGGUCCAGCAUCUUCCCCAGAACAGCCUGUCCUGCAUAGGGGCUGUGCUUGGUACCCCAGGGCUCAGUGCCAGCUCCAGUCCAUCAGCAGCCAUGGUCAGUAGUGGCCUCUUCUGGGGUCUGGCAGCUCUCAGAGGUAGCACUGCAGUCAUACAAAUGCUCAGACAGGUAGAUGCAGCCUUGUCCACUCCCUCCUGGCCCCACAGUGAGUCUGGUAGCCUCUUUCCUGUGGCUGGUUGACAUUCCUUAAGUCCUAGGGACCCCAUCCUGCCUCUUUCCCAAACCUGAGAGUCCAGGUUGGGUCCCUUACAUCCUCAGACAUCACCAAGUCUAAUGUUUACAAAUGGUGCCUGCCCAGCUCUGCAGCCAGGGGUGCUCGUGCCGUGGUGCUGAAUACUCCUCUGUUGCUUUCCGCAUGGGCAGAGGGGAGUCUGCUUUUCUCUCAGAUUUUCAGAGGCCCAAGGGUGGGUGAUAGAGGAGGCCGGGAACCUUUCAGAGCCUCCACGAGGGCUGGGCUGGCCUGAAUCCAGGUGAACGUCACACAUCUUUUUCAGCGAUUGCUUCUCUCUGCCACUGCUCUUCCCCCUCCCCAGCCAACCCAGAGAGGGAGGACAGCUGGGUUGCUUUGACAGCCUGGAAAUUUCCCCUUCCAACCUGGAUAAUGGCUGCUCCCUCCCUUCUUCACCCCUAUCCCAUUUCUCUGUGUAGUUCAAGGUUUUUAUUAUUUAAAGGUCGGGGAAGACCUCUCAUCAGCUUCCUCAGCUCUGCCUCUGUCAGGCCUGGCCUCAGCAUCCUGUCAGUCACAUUGAGGUCACCCCUGGAUUGUUGACCCAUAGGAUGGGAGGUUCACUGUUCUCUCGCUUCAUGUUCCCAUUUGACCCCUCCUCUGCCCCACUCACUUUGAUAAUUCCCAGGUUCAGAAUCAGGCUUCUUCCAGGUAACCCCAGCAUUUCCUAGGCCCCUCCUACCUCAACCUUCCGUCUGGGAAUGAGAGCCCCCACACCCAGGCAGCAGCCUACCAGUCAGGGCAGUCAGACCUAAGAAGUAGAGGCAGGUGGGUGCCUUUUCCCACAUCCCCUCCUGGUGCCUGUUCUUCCCUGCACCCAGGCCAGGGCCCCUCUGCUGUCCUCUCUUAGCCUCCUGCACAGCACCAGGCCCUGCAAGACUAGGAAGGUGCUGCGUGGUCCACAGCUGCACAGCCUCCAGUGUCACGUUGGAGGGGGCGCGGGUGAGGCCGGGUCGCAGAGGUGGGCUGGUCCAGGAAAGGAGCUGGACUCCAGCCUCUGAGCCAGACCUCAGGGGUCCCUUCCUGCCCUCUCCCCGCCCCUCCCUAUCGGGGUAUUUCUUUUCUACCCAUGCACACUCAGAGAUGGGAAGAUGGUUAAUAAAGGGGGCUCAUGCUGCU